UACAUAAAUCACAGAUAUAUACUAUUUUUUUUUUAUUAGUGUAUUGAUAUCUGUGAUAUAAAUACCCCUUGAUUAUUAUCUAAAUUAGAAGACCAUGGUUUUAGUGAUCUAACCUAAUCACCGAAAUCGAUAAAUAUUUAAUAUAUGCAGUUGCAUCAUCAUUCAUUAUUCAACACUAUUCAGUUCAGUAUUCACUACUAAUUACUAUGGUACUAUAAAAAAUUUAGUAUAACUGACUAUUCUACGGUAGUAUCAUAGAGUUAUCCUGUCUGUAGUAGUAUGGACUAUUGCAACAGGUUUUUCAUAGUUUUUUUAUAGUUAUUACAGUUCUAUAAUUAGUGUAAAAUUAUGAAUCCAUGCAUUGUUCCAACGAUUCCAUUUGAUGAUGAGGAAUGGAAAAUUCAACACAAGCGUUAUGUAGCUGAAGCCAAAGCCCAAGAUCCAAAUGUUAUUUUAAUUGGUGCUUCUAUCAUACAAUUAAUCCAAUGUUAUCCUAUAUGGAAUGACAAAUUUGUACCUUUAAAUAGUUUAAAUUUUGGAAUUUGUGGUGAUCGAACUCAAGAUGUUUUAUGGAGAGUACAAAAUGGCAUUCUUGAUCACAUAACACCUAAAGUUUGUAUUCUUAAUGUUGGAUCAAAUAAUGUUGAUAAUACACCAGUUGAAAUUUCAGAAGGAAUAUUGGCUAUUGUUGGUGAAAUCCAAUCAAAACUUCCUGAUUGUUACAUUAUAAUUAUUGGAAUAUUACCACGUGGUCCUUAUCCAAAUCCAUUAAGAAUUUUAGGGACUCAAGUCAAUGAAAUUGUCGGUGAAAAAGUGAAAAGUAUUUCUAAAGUUGAAUUAUUCAAACCUCAUUUGCUACAACCAGAUGGAACAUUAAGUCAAGAAGAUGCAAUGGAUUAUCUUCAUCCGACUGAAAUAGGUUAUCGUAAAAUUUUUAAUCCAAUUUUUGAACGUGUUAAAAAUAUUCUUGAAAAUUGAAUAAAAAUAUUUACUGAAUAAUA